AUGGGCAAGUCUCUCAUGGACAAGAUCCAGGCCAAGCUGGAGCUCUUCCGUCUCGAGCAACGCUACACCCGCCGCCGUCACCGACGUUCCACCUUCGUCUCCAACGCUGUCUACGUUGACGGAGAGUACGUCUACCAGACUCCCAACAGCACUGGCUCUUCCUCCGGUUCCUCGAACAUCGAUGCCCUUCACGGGGACAAGGCCGGUGUUGGCUCUAUGCCCGCCCCCUCAAGCGUAGUCAUCGAUGAGCACCACUUCCCUUCUGAGAUUCAGCACCAGCAACAACCGCCUAUGGCUACUGCUGAGCGCAAGCGUCUGAACCGCUUCAGCUCCAUUCCUCACUUUGGAGGCUCAAGCAACAAGCAGAUGCCCAGCAUCCAAGAGCGACGGAGCAGCAUGAUCCGAUGA